ACCUGCCUGCCUCCAGAACCGGAUUACUGAGACUGACACAGAGGGCCGGCUCAAUCGUGACCUUCUGUUGCCAUCUUGGAGCCAAUUUAGCUCCAAGGAGAGCUCACUUACUACCAGGAACACAAGGGGUGAGGAGUUAUAUGGGCAUGGAGCAGUUGGGCCAAAUUCCAUGCUCUAUCACUCUAUAUAAUCUACACGGAUCAAUUUGAAAGCAAUAAAUUGUAUUUGCUGAGUGGUAUUCUGGGAGUGAUCUUGAAAACUAGAAAGCCAGAGUGUAAGGUGAUUCCCAGUCCACAGUCCAGAACCACGCUUCAUAUUGGAGGCAGAGGCAGAUCCCUAUUCAUUAUGUCCAAACCAGUGACACUGAACGUAGGGGGGAGGUUGUACAGCACUUCCCUGACCACCCUAACCCGGUACCCAGAGUCCAUGCUGGGCUCGAUGUUUAGUGGAGCAAUGCCCACCAGCAGCGACUCACAGGGGAACUACUUCAUAGACCGAGAUGGAGAAAUGUUCCGGUACAUCCUCAAUUUCCUCCGCAGUUCGCAUUUGGACCUUCCUGUUGACUUCCAAGAGUUGGAUUUGCUGAAGAGAGAAGCGGAUUUUUUCCAGAUCCAGCCUUUGCUGGCACUUCUGCAGACGGCAGACCCGAAGAUCAGCAGAAUAAAGAACGUAACGCUCAACAUUAUCCAUGAUUCAAAGGCAGUCCACCCAUGUGGUGCAACCAUUUUUACCAUUGGGGUAUUUUGCACAUCAGUUGCCUUACUGAAGCUCCUGAGUUCCAGUUUCCAGUGCAGAUUGGAGCAGCGAUUUUUACCUGCUUGUAAGAAGCCAGAAGGUUUACGUUUUCUGUCUGUGCGAUUUACUCAAUUCCUUAACGGAAUGGGGCCAUACGACGAUGAAUAUGUGUUACCUCGUAUGACAUAUUCUGCUGUGGAAAUCUGCAGUCUAGAAAUGUUUGUCAACCAUGUGAAAAAAAUCGCAAUCAGUGAAGGUGGAUUCUUUAUCCAUUCCUUCACCCCAACUUCCUCUAGUCCUGUUAUCCUGGAGUUAACACAAUAGAUAGGAUACCGAGAUGAUUUCCAAUUCUUUGUUGCCAAAAACAGUGUGGUGACUUUGUUCCUUACAGAUUUAAAUCUGCACGAUUAUCUAAUAUUAUGAGAUAUUAAUUCACUGUACUUAACUAGGGUUAGCAUUCAGGGACCAUGUGCGAUAGGAUUCUCCAAAUACUUAGAUAGAAUGAACCCACUUGGUGAUGUAAUCCACAGGCAUAGGGUUAAUUUCCACAUGUAUGAGGAUGAAACUCAACUUUAUCACUUUGCCU